UAGGGCUGCUAAUCUUAGCGGGUGUGUAUAGGUCCCGAGGCGAGGCGAGGCUACAUGUAGUCUGUGGGAUGCAGAGGGUGAAAGGGCGAUUUUCCAUGCCACAAUGCCACUGAAAAGUAUUUCCCACUUUCUCAAGAAUGCUACGGUUUGAUAACCGCGAGUCAAGACCUGCAAGACGUGUGAGAGACAAACUGGCGGCCGUAAGAGAGGUCUGGGAGAAAUGGGUGGAGUGUCUGCCAUACCUCUACAACCCUGGGCCUGAAGUAACAGUGGAUGAGCAACUGGUUCCAUUCAGAGAUCGCUGUCCUUUCCGGCAGUAUUUUAGAGAGAGGCCUUCUCAUCAACGUUUGCCUUCACCCCCACCACCACUCUAGUUUCUUACCUCCCAAAGAGGAACAAGAAUGUGGUCCUCCUGAGCACACUGCACAAAAUGGCUGAGAUCAGUGAUCAUGAGGACAGGAAGCCAGCCAUCAUCCUGGACUACAACCACAACAAAGGAGGCGUGGACAAUCUGGACAAGGUGAUUGGAACUUACAGCUGCAGGAGGAUGACUGCCCGCUGGCCCCUGGUUAUCUUCCAUAACAUCAUUGAUGUGUCCUCAUACAAUUCCUUUGUGAUAUUGAAGAAUAUCAACCCUACCUGGAUGCCUGAUAAGAGGAACAAUAGGAGGGUGUUCCUGAAGCAGCUGGGAAAGGCACUUUCAAAGAAGGGAGCGCCUCCACCGCAAAGCAGCCUCUGCAGCGCUUGUGAAAGCUGUUCAGGGGGCUGAAUCUUGUCCUGAUCCACCUGAGGCUGUAGCUGGGGCAGGCAAGA